CUCUGCUUACGCAGGCGCUGUCUCUUUAAAACUGGCAGAAGGACGGUGCUGCUUAGGGGGGGCGGUUGGCUGCGAUGAAGCGGUCCCUCUCUAAUGAGCAGGUUUGAGAGACAUCACAGAGAGAGAGAAAGAGAGAGAGAGACCCCAGCACAACGAAGGACGGGGGAAACAAGACAGCGGCAACCUGGAACAAGAAAAGACGGAGAGGAAGGGAGACAAUUUGAAAUUAUGACAGUGAAGCUUUUAGGAGAAAUCGCGAGGAGAAUAUCAUUGGAUUUUAUGCCGUUGAGCGGACCGUAGCAAGGGCUUCGACGCUAGACUGCAACAGGAGCCAGGGAAAUCACAGAGAGAGAGCGAGGGAAGGAGGAGGAGGAGAAGAAGAAGAGGAGGGGGAGAAGGAAGGGAAAAGGAAAAAGGCAGAAUUAGAUGAGCCGUUUGUUUCUCUGGGGUGUGCGUGCGCGAGCAGUCUGCCGGCCGGGGUGUGUGUGCGCGUGAGCGCUGCGUGUGCGUGGAGAGAGACCGCAUUGGCGUCUCACGGACGGGCUACAGAGAGGAGCCUAGCCGAAGCCACCUGUCUUUCUUUUCUCCGUGCCUCUCUCUCUCUCUCCCUCCCUCCCUCCCGGUUUGUGGCGAGCCCGGGUGUCGGGAUGGCGCUAGGGAGAAGCCGGGUCGCCCUGGUGCCGAGCGGCGAAGGCGCCCGUCCGUACUGAACGCGCAGUCGGUGGCGGCUGCGUCGCCCACAGGACUCCGGCUCUCUAGGUGGAGUCCGUGUGUUUUUCUCUGCUGGGGGAAAAGGAGGAGAAAACAAAAGGGAAGAAGAAUAAGGAGCCAGAGGGAGAUUGUCGACUGGGAGGGUGUGGGCGCUGGGAGGGGGCAGAGGUGCGUUGGUGUGAGGAGCGAGGAGGCGCAUGGCUGGUGGAGGCCUCCCCCCUUCCCAGAGUCACGGCCGCAGGAGAUUCGGCCAGGAGUAGCAUCUCCAGAAGGAUGGUCUGAAGAAGCUUGCACCACACCAGCCUGGCCUAACAGGAGGGGGGCUUCUCUCUUGUGGGGGCUCUUUUUCCUUUUUUUUAAAGAACCACCAAGGAGGAUUUGUCUUCAGUGUCUUCCUCCCACCCCCCCAAUCAGCUUUAUUUGUUUAUUUUUUUCUUUUUCUUUUUUUUUUUUUUGAAGUUUGGGGGAUUUGCCAAAACCUAUUUCAUGCAUGUCCACUGGGGGCAGGUUCAACUUUGAUGAUGGGGGGUCAUACUGCGGCGGGUGGGAAGACGGCAAGGCCCACGGGCACGGCAUCUGCACCGGGCCCAAGGGGCAGGGCGAGUACGCCGGUUCCUGGAGCCACGGCUUCGAGGUGGUGGGUGUCUACACCUGGCCCAGUGGAAACACCUACCAGGGCACCUGGGCGCAGGGCAAGCGCCACGGCAUUGGGGUGGAGAACAAGGGCAAGUGGGUCUACAAGGGCGAGUGGACACAUGGAUUUAAGGGACGCUAUGGCCUACGUGAGAGCACUGCGAGCAGUGCCAAGUAUGAGGGCACCUGGAACAACGGGCUGCAGGAUGGAUACGGCACCGAGACCUACUCUGACGGAGGAACCUACCAGGGCCAGUGGGUGGGCGGCAUGCGGCAUGGCUAUGGCGUCCGCCAGAGCGUCCCCUACGGCAUGGCGGCCGUCAUCCGCUCUCCAUUGCGUACCUCCAUAAACUCGCUGCGCUCGGAGCACAGCAACGGCACCGUGCUGCACCCGGACGGCGGCGGCGGGGGAGGGGGCGGGCCCGGCGGUGCGGCGGCAGGCAGCCCAGCCGUGUCGCGGGGCGGCUUUGUGCUGACGGCCCACGGCGACGCCGAGCUGCUCAAGGGCAAGAAGAAGAGCCUCUUCCGGCGCUCUAUCCUCAGCGGGCUGAAACUGCGCAAGUCUGAGUCCAAGAGCUCACUGGCCAGCCAGCGCAGCAAGCAGAGCUCCUUCCGCAGCGAGGCGGGCAUGAGCACCGUCAGCUCGGCCGCCUCCGACAUCAACUCCACCAUCAGCCUGGGUGAGGGCGAGGGCGAGCUCUCCGUGCUGGAGGACGACGUGGACGCCACCACGACCGAGACCUACGCCGGCGAGUGGAAGAACGACAAGCGCUCGGGUUGCGGCGUGAGCCGUCGGUCCGACGGCCUUCGCUACGAGGGCGAGUGGGCGGCCAACCGGCGCCAAGGCUAUGGCUGCACCACCUUCCCUGAUGGCACCAAGGAGGAGGGCAAGUACAAGCAGAACGUGCUGGUCAGUGGCAAACGCAAGAACCUCAUCCCGCUGCGGAGCAGCCGCAUCCGUGAGAAGGUGGACCGCGCUGUGGAGGCCGCUGAGAAGGCAGCCGACAUCGCCAAGCAGAAAGCCGAGAUCGCCCUGUCCAGGACAGCCCACGCACGGGGAAAGGCGGAGGCGGCGAUGGGAGCAGCCCAGAAGGCCCAGGAGGAGUGCCGACUCGCUAGGGUCACUGCCAAAGAAUUCUCCCCCUCCUUUCAGCACCGCGGAAACGGAGUAGAGUGUCAAAGGCCAAAGCACCAGAACUCGAGUGAGAACGACAUAGAGGUGAUUUCCAGCGGCACGCCUGACAGCCCCGAGCUCUACAUGAAGGGCACCACGCCACCCGACCUGACGCCCGACCUAAGUCCGGCACCCAGCCGGCCUUCCACACCCCCCUGCAGUCCACCCAAGCCCACCCACCGCGCCAAGAACGCCCGCUUCCUGCGGCAGAGUGCGGUGGACGACGAGCGAGGCACCGCCGAGAUCCAGGUGCUGAUGGAAGGGCGGGGUGGAGGUGGCGAGUAUCUGCGUCCCAACAGCUGGGGCGAGGACAAGCACUCGUCCGGGGGCGGGGGCAGCAGCAGGGGGGGCAGCCGGGGCAGUAGUCGCUCGACAACUCCCUCGGUGCAGGACGAAACACGACUGCCGCGCACCAACGGCCACAGGCACGCCCCGUCCAACCACAAGCCCAGAGAACAUGCCUCAUCCAAUCACAAGCCCCGGGAGCGGUGGGCAGACUGCCCCACGGUGGCCUGGACUACGCAGCGGGCUCUCAGUGAGAGCCUGGCCCACUCGCGGCUGCUGGAACAGGAUGAGGAAAAGCUGAGCAACUACGAGAUGGAGAUGAGACCACUGCAGCCCAUGGACUCGUCCUUCCAGAAGCACUACGGGCCGAGUGAGGAGCGGCACGGGCACGCGGAGCCCCGCCCCCACACGCUGCACAGACUGCAGCCCAAAAGCCGUGAGGCCCGCGAGGCCCGGGAGGGGGUGCGGCCCCCCAGUGCCCGUGAGGCCCGGAACGGGGACCCGGACUCAGUGCAGAAGCUGGACAGCCUGCGUGCCGGGGGGGAGGUGCUGGAGGGGAGAUCCCUGCGCCGGGACCUCACACUCUCCCCCCCACAGAAAUCCUCCCCCAUUGCACUAGAACACGACGAGGAGAACCUGGUCCAGCUCAAGUCAAACUCGGGCUCCAGCUCGAUUCUGGUUGUCAUGGUGAUUUUGCUCAACAUCGGAGUUGCCAUUUUGUUUAUUCACUUUUUUAUUUAAACAAUGUAUUGCCUAUUAAUUAUUCUUAUUAUCUAUACUAUUAUUAUGAAUUGAUAUGAAUAUUAUCAUGACUAUUCACCCGUUGCCCGUUUUGAUGACAAAUACUUCUAUAACGAAUAAGACGCUAAAAAUAAACUCGAAGAAGACGGCAUACCUAGGAAGCUCCUGCCAUUAAAACCUGGGCACAGCAGAAUUCUCGCUCGGCUCCCCGCCCCCUCCCCCCCCACCUCACCAUUCCAGAGCCUGCAUUCCUCCUAAGUUGGGAUUCACUAUAAGUCACUAAUGAUACUAUGCUACUCGCUGUUCUUGUUCGAACCCUCCCUUAUCUGCCUUUUUGCUCUGCUGAUGAUGUGGGUGUUUCGUUUUUCCUUUUUCUUCUUUUUUUCAUUUGUCACUUUUCGGCUCAGUUCCACUGAGAGGUGAACGGCCUUAGUAGCGGC